AUAUUAAGCGAGUGCCAUACGGGUAUCGGCGAGCAAUUAAACCGAGCUGUACCCAGAAUCGCGCUUGAGCUGACUCUCAGGCAGGCCCAGAGGAUGCAUAAAUAGGCCCGGCAUCGGCACUUGGCUCAAGUUUGUCAAUUGCCGCUCGACGAAAACGGAUUACGGAAGACGGAGAAAAAAAAUGCAGUUUGUUAUAGUUUUAGUUCUCAUCGCAGGCAUAAUCGCGACCCUGGCGGUGGAUGAAUUCCCUGGGCCCCUGGAGCGCUGUCACUUUGGGAAUGAGACCUGCUACGUGGAGCAGGCACAGAACUUCUUCCGGGCCUUCAAAAGUGGCAUACCCGAUCGUGGAGUGGCUAGCCUGGAGCCCAUUGACCUAGGAACGCUGCGAGUAGAGAGCGGAGGCCACUCCGCAUCGCUGCAGUUCAACUUGCUCAUGACCGAUGCCAAGCUGUACAAUCUGGCCAAUUCGGUGGUGGUCAAGAGCCUGAAGGGUUUCACGAAGGACUUUAGCAAGCCACUCAAGCUAGUCCUGAUGCUCUACAUGCCUGAUCUGGAGGUCCGUGCCAAGUACGAUGUCAACGGCAAGAUCCUCAUUCUACCCAUCGUCAGCACUGGGGAUAUAGUCAUCAAGCUGAGCCAGGUGCAGGCUAAGUUGCGUAUCGUGGCCGACCCAGUAAAGCGAGGGCAUGGGGAUGGGGAUGGACACACAUAUCUCAAUAUCACAGACUUUAAAACAGUCACCAAGGUCAAGGAGGGUAACUUUAACCUGUCCAACCUCUUCAGUGACAACAGGGAGCUCCGCGAAAGCACCCUGAAGGUUCUGAACGAUGAGUGGGAUGCCCUGGCGGCGGACAUUCAGCCCAAGAUCAACGAAGCCUGCGACCGGUCCUUCAGGGCCAUCCUCCAGCACCUCUGGGACAACAUCCCGUAUGAAGAGUUCUUUGAUAGUGAAAGUUCAAUAAUUCACACAGGGAAAAAAGCCAUGAAAUCUUAAUAUUUAUUCUUAGAUUUACAAAUGUAUACCAAUAUAGCUCCGAGAGUGGACACUUAAAAAAGAAAGUGAUCUUAUAUUAAAAUAUACAUAAUAUAAGAAAUUCUAUACUA